AUGGGAUCCAUACACCGAAAACGUCUGGCUUACGUAGCAGUGUUUGUCCUCAUCGCGCUUGUGCUCUGCUUCCAGUUACCAGUGCUUGAUUCCGAGCCGCCCAACAGCGGCAGACAACCACUGGAAAACUAUAUCCGCUGUGUGGGCGAACGCCUUCUGGUGGAUGCAGAGUCCAGGCAACUGGGCAGUAACAGUGGGCCCGGCGUCCUUCCCAUGGUUGUGAUUCCGCUAAUGCUUGACCUACACGACUUCCAAGAUGUGAUGUGCAACAUCAGCGUUCCGAUCCGGCUGCUGGUGUUGGUGCAGAACGGCCGCGAGCCGCAGCUGUCUUCGUUCCUGGAUGAGCUAGAGGCCGCGUACGGGUGGUCUCGGCGCCUCGUGGUGCGGCGCCGCCCGGAGAAUAUUGGGUACAGUGGCGCCGUGAAUUUUGGGCUGCGUCUGGCGAUGUCGCUUCCCCGCGAGAAGAUGCCCUUCGUGUUUGUAACGAACAGUGACGUGACGUUCUCCCCCGACCUGCUUCCGCGCCUGCUGCAAGACGCACACGUGAUGACUCUACACGACGCGGCACGCAUGGACGAGCUGGCGGCGGAGGUGGCCGAUGAAUCAAGUGGCCAUGCGCCUGCAUCGCGGCGGAUUAAGGUGCUGCGGUCGUCGAGCAACAUCAGCGCUCUGUCGACGUCUGUGCUACUUCCGGACCGUAUACGCUACGCCCCUGCGAAGGAGCGUGUAAAGACGUUCUCACGUCACUUCGGUUAUUUCUGUAUGGAUUACCGCCAGAGCUGCUUUACGUCUGUGAUAUUGACGCGUCUGGCAGUCAGCACUGUUGGCUACUUUGAUGAGAACUUUUACCCAGCCUAUGCUGAGGACGUCGACUACGCCAUGCGACUUCGUAUGCUCGGGUUUCAGCAGCAUGUGGUCUCGCACGGCACGUUCGUCCACCGUUCGAACUUGAACCUUCGUAAAUCUUUUGGUGCAGCGACAGAUGCUGUUUGGUUCCGUCGCGUGUAUCGAACGAGGUUAACACGUGUGUACGCUGUUCAGAAAUGGGGCAGAGAAGAGGUGUGCUGUGACGGGUUCAAGGAGCCAUUUAACGGCACUCUUCCCCUUGACGUUUGGGUACGAGAUGACAUCCGCAUUGCGCGUGCCCGGGCGUAUGGGCAUUCCAUUUUAACAGAACUUCCUAAUGCCACCUACGAUAUUUCCCUGUUGAGACAGGCAAGAGCUUCAGUUGUCUUGUGA